UAUUAAAAAGCAAAUGUAAUUUUGGGGCAAACUGAUCUUUUGAUUUUGUAUCAGCAACAACCACUAACCCUGUAUUCACCCCUUUCAGUCCUGUCCACUACAUGAAUGUGACCCCGAUCAUUUGUUCUCUGCUAUAUUUAGCUGCUUCUAUUUUAAAGGCUGUGCAAUAACUGAUCCUCUCUAAAGAGUGAGUCACUGCUCUUGUGCUCUACUCCAAGAGUUUUGGAAAUGCUUUUACCUCUUGUGUAAUUUUUACAGAGGAUAUUUGUUACUGCCAGCAAGUUAUAAUGUCAGUGUACAAUGGAGAAUCAGAGGACAAUGGCAGCUUCAGUGGUGCAGACUGUGAAAGGUAUCUACCAUGUGCUGGCUCUGGUCUCGUCUCAGCUAAACUAACUAUCGUGGUUGGAGACAGACAGUUCUCUGAGGAGAAAAUGUUACUGGUGCAGAGCUGUGACUAUUUUCAAGCUCUGUAUCGCUCCGGUAUGAAGGAAUGUCAGCAGGAAGAAAUCCACCUCAAGUCUCUGCGAGCUCAAGGGUUCCUUUUAGCUUUAGCAGUUUUACGUGGAGAGAAGCCAAUUCUGGAUGAGGACGACAUUGUGGAAGCCAUCGAAUGUGCAGCUUUCUUGCAGGUAUCCACACUUACUAGGCAUCUUAUUGACCUUCUUGAUGCAGAAAACUGUCUGCUGAUGUAUCACACCUCUGCAGUCUUUGGACUUAUGGAUCUUUACCAUGCAGCAGCACUGUUCAUUCGAGACAUGUACACUGACCUUGAGGUAGAGGUCAAGAAAACCUUACCAUUAGAGCUUAUCUCUUAUGUGGAGUCUUUGACCCCCCAUGUUUUCAUGGCUGUAGGAGCCCAUGUGACCUGUGGUUUGGAUGAAACUGUACAUGCUGCCUCAAGGACCAUCUGCUACCUCAAUGAAACUGGCAAUACUUGGAAAGUGUUAACAGAUCUUCCACUAGAGGCCAGCACCUCAAUGGCUGGAGUGACUGUUUUAGACAACAAACUGUUCAUAAUUGGUGGCAUUCAUGGCAUCCAUAAACAAGUUGUGGAAUCUUGUUUCUGCUACAGUAUUGAAAGCAACAGCUGGAGCAGGAUUCCCAGCCCAGCACAGCUGCGUUACAAUCUUAGUCUUAUGGGUCUCAAUGGUCAUUUAUAUGCCAUAGGAGGGGAGUAUGAGCGAACAGUAAUGUCAUCUGUGGAAAUAUACAAUGUAAAAAACAGAAAGUGGUCAUUUGCUGCUAACCUACCUCGGCCAGCAGCAGGAGCAGCUUGCACCAAAACCAUGAGCAGGAUAUUUGUGUGUUUAUGGAGGCCAAUGGAGACCACUGAGAUCUACGAGUAUGCAUCUGGGAAAAAUGAGUGGCAGCUAGUUACCACACUGAUCAGGCACCAAAGCUAUGGUCACUGCAUGGUGGGCCAUAGGGACAACCUCUUCAUCAUGAGAAAUGGCCCAUCUGAUGACUUCCUAAGAUGCCUCAUAGACUGUUAUAAUCUGAGUUUGGGCCAGUGGUCAAGCUUGCCUGGACACUUCGCCAAUAGUAGAGGUUCACUAUUCACUGCUGUUGUAAGAGGGGACUCUGUGUUUACACUGAACAGAAGCAUGACUCUAGAAUACAUAGUGGAAGGUAAAACCUGGAAGCCUAGGCGGCAGAUGAAGGGUUUCCCAAGAAGUGGAUCUGUGUGGACAUUUCUGCUUCAGCUGCCAAAAGCUCUCAGCCUGCAGUAGUGACACUGUCUUUUUGGAUCAUCAGUAUUAUUUAAAUUAAACUGAGAUGGGUUUUUGGUUGUUUUUUGAUAUUUUUUAUUACAGCAAUAUUACUAUUCAUAUCUUGAUGCAUGCUCAAUCAUCCAGGUAAGUGAAUCCCAGGAAGUUGAUUCUGUUCAUCUGGACGUAGUGUUUUCAUUGGGAGAAACUUUUCAUCUGUGACUUUUUCAGUCUCAGCUGACCAUAGCUUUCCCCAGCCUUAUAAACAGAACAUUUGCAUAAUGACUGAAACUAGCACCACUGACUAACAACAGACCCUGAGGUCAGUUUCAUCAUUGUUAAGACGCAAAUUGUCAUGAUCCAUGUUCGAUGGGAGUUGACUAUCAUUCCCAGAGAGUUGGGGAAUGGCUGCUAACACAGGACUGUAAGAUGGUGAAAGAUGUACCCUUAGGCCCCCUCCUCAUUUCAGAAAUGAAACCAGCGUUCCUCCCUGUCCAGGAUGUGUACAUCCUCAUCAUUGAAAGAGUGGCCACUGGCACGGGUUGCCAAUUAAUUUUCCCAAAGGGUCACAUGAGAGAGAAACUGGGACUGUGGACCAAUAAACUGAAUUCAGUUUUGCUCAGUAGUGAUUUUUUUUCUCUUUAUGAGAAAAAAAGUAAGAGUACAUGUUUAGAAAAUGGAAAUGUGAAACAAGCAUAGUAAAAACUAUAACAUUUUAUCAGUAUUACCCAAAACAACUGAACAAAAUGUGUAUGUUUUUGCAAAAUUUGAAACACUUUGAAUUUUAUACAAGGUGCUCUUGCUAUUCUGAGUUUAAUUACUUCAUGUGCAGCUUUUCAGCUUUUUCUUGUUCAGUGAGAGAAAUCUAGUCUAUUUUGGCUUUGAACAAAUGCAUUAAAUUUAGGUUCAGUGUCUAAAGUUAAAAUGUGAAGGGCGCACACAUCAGCAGCAAACAGAAGAUCUGCAUUUGCUGCUGAUGUCACGGUCCUUGCUCUUUAACCCAGCAUUUUGUGUUUUUUGGCCUUUUUAGUUCUAUUUAUUAUUAUUUUGUUUAGUUUAAUUCUUAGUUUGUCUGCUGUUUAGGUUUUCUCUAUCAUGUAUUCUUUUGUGGCUCUUUCUUGUUACUGCUUCAGAUUACCUUAUCCUUAGUUGAGUUGCAUCUCCUUUGUAUGGUGUUUUGAGCUUUACGUCAUUUCUCUUGUAACAGAUUGCUUGGUUAUACUCUCAGUUUAGUAUUUAGGGUUCUGGUAUAAUUUUCAUGUGGCUUUUGUUUGUAAGAAAAAAAUGAAAAUGUGGUGCUUGAAUAUGAUAUAUAUGCAUUUGUUGUUGGUUUUUAAUCCAUAGCUAAGAUUAUUGUUUCUAUUUUUUUCUUCUUUCUUAAUUCAGCCAAACAUUUUUCUCCUCUUCAUGUUAAUGGGAUAAUGGUACAUGUAAACUCUUAUUUCCAAGUGAGUGCAGCAUCCCCGGGCAGCUCAGCAGCAGACUGUAUAAAAGUAUAACAAACUGGGAAAGGACACAGAAUACCUGACAUGCUAUUUAUUUUCCUAGUUUAUUAUUUAUUAUCAAUGCAUAUGUUUAGAAAAACAGAAUAUAAACAUGGAGUAAAACCAGUCACUUAUCCAGGCCUGACACUGAACUAGGAUGGACACCUGUCCAAAAGACUCUUGUGCACUGGUAGAAGGCACGUUGCCUUCUACCAGUGCACAAGAGUCUUGGAACAAAUGCAAUGAUUUAACAGAGAAAGUCCCAUCAAAUAUAUAUGAGGGAAUCCAGUCUGAUGAAAAAUGAGGGGGGAGACUGAAGGAAAACCUUGACCCUUGUUUCAAUCCGGGGGGUCAAUGUGGACAUUGUGGAGGACUAUAAAUACCUUGGAGUACACAUAGACAAUAAACUGGACUGGGUUAAAAACACCACUGCACUCUACAGCUAGGGCCAGAGUCCACUCUAUUUUCUGAUGCGGCUGAGGGCCUUCAACAUCUGUUUGACAAUGCUCAGGAUUUUCUAUGAGUCUGUUGUGGCCAGUGACAUCCUCUAUACUGCUGCAUGCUGGGGCAGCAGGUUGAGGAUUGCAGAUACCAACAGACUAAAUUAACUUAUCCGCAAGGCCAGUAAUGUUGUGGGGAUGGAGCUGGAUUCUCUUAGGAUAGUGUCUGGGAGGCAGAUGUUGUCCAAGAUAAAUUCAAUGCUGGAUAAUACCAUGACGUGCUGGCUAGUCACAGGAGCACGUUCAGUGAGAGACUGAGAUGACCAAAAAGCACUACUGAACGACAGAGGAAAUCAUUCCUGCCCGUGGCCAUCUCCCUGUACAACUCCUCCAUCUACUGCACAGUACACUCUGCAAUAGUUACACCCUUUGCACAGUACCUUUGUACAGUAAAAUAGCAAAUGACAAAGUUCACAGGUUAGAGGUAAAUGUCAAUCAUAUAUAUUUCACCUCUGUAAUAUUCUUGAUAUGUAUAAAUGAGCGAUUUGUAUAUA